AAAUAAGAGAAAAGAAAAGUGGUGUCCUUUUUUGCUGAUAGGAUAAUUUUGACAAAAAAGAAAAUCUUGGUUAAAAGCAGUGGACACGUAAUACAAUAGUCUCAAAGAAAAAAAAAAAGUCGAAAUCUUCCCUAAAUUGACCUCAGCAACCCCAGUCAGCUGAAUGCACAGUUGGUCCUCUGAAAAAAAAAAAACCUUUUCUUUUUCUUUUCUUUAUAUAUUCUACUUACGUAUUCUCUUUACGCGUCCUUUUCUUUUACAAAUAAUAAAUAAAUAAAUAUGUCUAUACCUAUAUCUGUACUAGAGGACGAUAAACAACAUGCUAUGUGGUAUUCUCAAUCUUUACCUUAUGGUCACUUGUUGGGAGACGAAACUGAAGCUUGGUUACAAGAUAUCGUAGAUCACUUGGUUCUUUCCGUCAAGAUUCGUGAUUUUGCUCCUGGUGCUCUUUCUUGGAUGAAACAACUGACAAAUUACUUGGACUUGAAGCACGCUCUUCCACGGACCACUCGUGCUAAUCUGGCCAAAGUUUUAUUUCAAUUGACUGUAGCCCCUGGAAUGGAUUAUGCGCUGGUUGAAAUGUGGGCUAAUACUUGUGUGCGUUUACUUAGAAAAAAGAAGAAAAUUGGACCCGAAGAUCUAGUACUUCCUUGGAGACCUUUAUAUGAUAUGAUUGAACGCUCUGUCUUUCCCAAGGCACGACAAAAAAUACUCAUAUCUGAAGCGAAACAUCUCAGUGCUGUGAUACGACUUGUAGAAUAUUCUCAACGAUUUUUCGAUGCGAGUGCAACUUCUGAGAUACUUGACACUUUCCUACCACGAUUCACCACCCAUUCUGUUCAUGAUGCUAUUGUAGCUCAAGGCUAUCUUGUUCUUUUCCUCCCGGUCACCAUUACAAAUCCUUUACAACGACCUCUCUCUCCUUCGGCAUCGUCACAUCUUUCUUCUACGUCUAUGAUUUAUCAGUCUCCUAAAGAUUAUUUGCCUACCAUUUUUUCUUUAUGGUCCAUGUUCACAAGAUCAUCAGCGUAUGAUGCUCAAUUUAUGGAUUUGUUGGCACGGAUUGCUGAACAUAAUAUGGAUUAUCCUUUAGACAAUAAUAAUGACAAAAUUGGCUUAUUCACAAAGGAACAAAUCAAAACUGUUUUUACAACUUCAAUCAGGAUGAUGAAUUUACCAGUAGGAAGUCGUCUCAGUGAUGGUGGUGGAGCUAGAUCUUCUUCAGAUAGUGCUGGUAGUAGUGGUAGUAGUGGUAGAUCUAGUGGUACAACUACAACAACUGGUUAUGGUCAUACUGGUUUCAAAAUUGAUAUGAAAGCUGGCAAUGGGUUGUUUUUGAGAAGAAAAGGGGAAAAAUAUGCAUCUUUGGCAAGAUUCAUUAUUUAUACCAUGAUUCCUGAACAUAAUGAUAAGCAAGUUUAUACUAUGACAUUAUUGGCUGAUUUGAUCCAAGCUACUGAAUUAUAUUUCCAUCCUUCUAACCAUGGUACAUGGUCCUAUGUUUUGACAACUUUUGUUAGACAUUUGGCAUAUGAAUUUUUGAAACGUUGGCGUUAUGAACAUGAAGAAGAUUGUGUGAUACCUCAGGAGCGACGAUUAACUCGGGCCUUAUGUCGUGAAUUCGUGUUGAUAUUACGACCAGUGACAUUUCUUAGUAUGUUCGGCAAAGAUCAAUUUACUGUUGGAGCAAGUCAAACUACUAUCAAAUAUUUAACAUGGAUUGAGCCAUCGCUGAUUUUUCCGGGUCUGUUAGAACGUAUUUAUCCAUCCUUAGAGACUUUGACUGAGUCACAUCGUACAACAAGCGCACUUAGUAUUUUGGCAGAUAUCUCUUUACCUCUCUUUUCCAGAGACCAUUAUCCUGCUGGAGGAAAGCAUCUUUUACCUCUUUUACAACUUGCUAUUCCUGGUAUUGAUAUGAAUGACCCUAUCAAAACCAUUGCGUCCCUCAUGUUCAUUACCAGUGCUUUAAUGACUAUCCCAGUUAUGGAUCUUAGUUCAAUUGGUACCACAGAUUAUUACGAUGGAGAUGAAGCAAUGAUGAUGGAUGAUGAUAAUAUGCAAGUCGAACUACCAAAAGAAUUGGAAGAUCAACUAUGUAGAAUGACAACAAGUGGCUUUGAAGAAUGGCUUUCCAAGUUCCUUCGCCGUAUUUUCACUAUUUUUGAAAACAUGCCUCAAUACGAUCGUAAAAAACAAGGUGGAGCUAUGGAAGCUGGAUUAACUCAAAUGAUUUUGCAUGCUUGUGAAACUGUGUUUGGACAAUUAUCAGAUAGCAUGUAUGAUAUUGCUUUACGUUCUAUAGUGGAUUUUGCAAGUAAUCAAGUACUUCCAAAUGCUGUCCGAGCAAUGGGAUCCUUAUGUGAAAGUAUUGCUUCUGUCAACCCAAAAAAGGCAGCACGGCAAUUCAUUCCAAUGUGUGUUGCUAGUAUCAAAAUCGAAUUGGAAAACGGUGCUUCUUCUACUAUGACUAAUUCAGCUACUUCUAAUCCAAUUCAAUCUGACGCAACUCUUCAUUGGUACCAGCAUAUCUUAUUCUCGGUGAUUUCUGAUUUAGGUCCAGAAUGGUUGCAAUACAAGGAUGAUCUUAUCAAUAUUGGUAAUGAUAUGAUUACUCACUGCAGGAGUCGACGAGGGAUCAUGUGGACUGGAAAAUUCUUGCGAUUCUCUUUACAAUCUCUUCUUGACACUUAUCCAACUGAAUAUCGAUCAUUGACUCCCGAAGAAUGGGAUAAUAAAGAUAUUAUGGAUAACUCUCAUUUACUGUGGGGUAAGCCAGGAGAUCCCAAAAACUUGCAAAUCAAAUGGCAUAUCCCAAAUGAGGAUGAAAAAAACAUGGCUCUAGAUAUCCUAAAACGCUUUUUACAGCCUUCUAUGGCAAGAUUACGAGAGAUAAUCUCCUUCAACAACAAAGACAACACUACAAACAGUUCCCAUCAAGUUACAAAUGAAUUCUGUAGACAUCUUGCUAUUAUACGUAAUUGUGUGAUCGGUAGUAUGACCAUGAUAGAUAAUGACGGAGAAACAGAAUAUGCGAAACCUUGUGAAAAUGACGAUGAAGAUGAAGUGAUGAUAGAAGACGAUGGACAAUUACAAAAACAGCGACAACAUUCAUCUGUUUUGGCUGGAUAUGCGUUUAUGGAUAAGAAUGAUCCUCGUUCUGAGGAAGCUCGUGCUAUUCGGCGCGAUGUAGGUGAACUUCUCCAUCAACUAGCAGAAUACUUUAGAACUCAGCGUGAAGACGAUGUUGAAAGCAUCAAGAUUCUCAUCAAACUGAUUCGAACUUAUUUAACAGAGCGUGGCGUGGAGAAAACCUGGUUAGAUCGUAACAAGAGUGGCUACAAUUAUUCUAAAAAUAUUAGCAAGACUCCUAUUUGCCAUAAACGAUAUCCUAGGCAUUUAUUAGUUCACCGGGCAUAUAUUCAACAUCUACAGAGAUUAAAGCUAAAUGCCUCCAAUCGAAUCCGAGCUCCUAUUCAUGAUCAUUUACUAAAGGAUUUACUUGAGCUAUCUAUGAGCUCUUACGCUGAAAUUCGAAAGGUAUCACAAUCUGCUCUCAGCAUAGCAGCACGUAGCUUCAAAGGAUCGAAAUCAAUUCUCAUGCCUAUUAUAUUGGAUACCUUGCGUCCCAAACAAGAAUUGGAUACGUUGGUAUAUUCAAAUCGCAUGAAAGGCGCUCUCUAUUUAUUAACUCACAAGUCCAUCCUAAUGCCAUGUUUACGUGAUUGGCGUUUUAUUCCUGAAUUUAUCCUGUCUAUAUGCAAUGCGCAACAUGAAGAUAAACCAUCUAUUCAAGAACUUAUCCGCAAAAUAUUCCUGGAUUAUCUGUCUUACUUUAAUCAAUGUUCGUUCCGAGUGAUAAUUUCAGAAACUAGAAACAAAGGAUUUGAUGAAGAUGUAGAAGCAUUAUUAAAGUCGACGGAAAUCUUGGGAGCAACAACAAAUGUAAAUCGUUUACAGGUGCUAAAUGAUCAACAGCAAAUGGAAAAACUUGAACACAUUGUAUUGAACCGGAAUGCAAAACAAAGACAAGCACAUGAGCAAUUGACCAAAUCACUUUUGGUUUUCUUAAGCAAUCCACGCAUUCAUUGGCGAUUUGCUACAAUGGCAUCCAACUUUUUAGAAUUGUUACUUCGACCUGAAUUAGCUCCAACUGCCGAUCUUGCGGUGUAUUUCGCUAAAACAUGUACUAUUUCCGAGUUACCAGCUAUGCGACGCAUUGGCAUCUCUGCUACCACACAACUAUUACUCCAUAUCAAGCAACGUACAUUUGCAGCUGGAAACGAAGAUCUUCUUAUUAUGAAAGCUACCCAUCAUCCUUUAAAAACAACUCGAUCAGUAUUGUCAUUAUUAAAUGAAGAAAAACAACGUCCUUCUGAAACUAAGCAUCACAGCCUUGCUGAAAUGCUACUAAAGGAUUCCUCUGAACAGGUUGUGGAAACAAGUUUCCUUAUUGAUAACACUAUAACAGGUUGGUAUGUGUGGCCUAAAGAGGUUGUGGGUUAUGUUCCUUAUUCCGAUUCCAUUACAUUACCUUCAAUAGACGUGGCAAGUGUCGGUGCUUAUGAUGCAUUUGAAGGGAUCUUUUCAUCUACGGAUUAUUGGUCAAAAUUAAUGAGCUACAUGUCCCAAGAACCUUCUCAAAAACAAGAUGAUCGAUUCAAUAGUGCCAACGCUAGAUUUUUUGCAAGUAUCUUUCAAACAUAUCGAGGUGAAGAUAUUCUUCGUUGUGCUAAGGAGCAACUAACUAUAUUAUGUCAAUCAGUGGAUCAAAAAAAUGCUCAACGUGCUGCUACUGAAUUAGCUGCUGGUCUGAUUCGAGGUACCAAACAUUGGCCGCUUGCACAGACUCAUCAUCUUUGGAAGGAAUGGCUUACUCCUUUGUUACGCACAACUCUUGCCAAUGUCACUCCUGAUGCACAUACUUACUGGAGUAGUUUCAUACGUUUCUGUAUGGCAAAGCGAGAUCCUCGUCGGGUAAAGCCUUUAAUGGAUCUCUUGUUGGAAGCUCAAUUCGAUCCUCAAUCGGAUGCCGCAUUUGCUGAAGCACGUAAGCUCUUAUUUAUUCAUGCCAUGGUGGUUGGUUUGAAAUGGCGUUUCAAACCAUGGGGUAAUGAUUUAUUAGGAUUGUAUUUGAAUCAUUUGAAUCAUCCUUACAAGCAAGUACGUGAAGUCAUUGGUGCAAACAUCAACGAUAUCAUGCAAAUUCAAUGGAUUCCAUCUUAUUCCUCUGUCUCAUCUCUUUUGGAUUAUAAUGCACGAUCAGAUGGAGUGGGGAACGUUCCUUACGUUUUGAAUCAAGCUGAACAACAGAAACAAUUAGAGGAUAUACUUGCUAAACUGGACUCGGAACUUGAAACUGUCAAAUCUGCCAGUGAAACAGCUGAAGGCGAUACAACUAUAAUAUCAAGCCAUUAUACGACUACAAGCAAAACAAUUUUAUGUUGGUCUGCAGAAGCAUUGACACAUUGGCAAAUGGCAGGUACACUAGCUUAUAUUCCUUCCUUUUUACCUCGUGUUUUCCAAAUGCAAGAAGUCAAUAAUGAUCAAAAUUUACAGCAAAUGGCGACACAAGUUGUUACUUUAAUGGCUCAAAUGACGUAUCCUCCCCAGAUGAUUCCUGGAUUAGUAGAUCAAUUGAUAAAUACUCUUAUCACAUCCACCAGUUGGCAUAUUCGUAUACGUACCUUACCUGUUUUACAAGUAUUUUUCUUUAAACAUAUAUUUGCUAUGGAUUUGGAUCAACAAGUUGUUCGUAUUAUGCAAGCAGUAGGAACUCUCUUAUUAGAUAGUCAAAUCGAAGUACGUACAAUGGCUGGAGUGACUUUAGGUGGUUUAGUUCGUUGCUCACAAAGAGGAGCUAUUGAUUCUUUGCGUGAAAGAUAUACAGCAUUACUCGAACAAACCAAGUUACCCAAGCGCCAUCGAAAUGAAAGGGGAAAAUUGAUAGAACCGGAAGGAUUCCGUGAAGCUUUAUUACAAAAACAUGCUGGUGUUUUAGGUCUAUCUUGUUUGGUAAAUGCUUUCCCUUACGAAGUUCCUGAAUGGAUGCCUUCUGUACUUUGUCAAUUGGCAAACUGUAUGUCUGAUCCUGCUGAAAUCCAGUCAACCAUACGCAAAACCUUCUCUGAUUUUAGACGUACUCACUCCGAUACAUGGCAUGAAGAUGUGACCAAGUUCAGCGAAGAUCAACUUUCUGUGCUAAGCGAUAUGUUGAUUUCACCCUCUUAUUAUGCUUAGAUAUGUUUAAACAAUUUCUUUUGAACCAAAGAGAAAGUGUCAAUAAAAUCUUUUUCAAAUAAAGUUUAGAAAACAAUUUUAGAAAUACAUAUAUCUGACACUUGCUUGUUUCAUGAGGGAGAUGUACCAGUAUUUUUGGAGGCAAUCUCUCCAAAGUCC